AGGCUAAGGACUGCAACUGCAUCCAGCCUGGUUCAUUUCAGUCAUCCGCUCGGUGCGCGCACAGGACAAGCAAGGGGAGCAAUUCCAGCGCUGCGUAUUUGUUUAAAGCCCUCUCUUUCAAAGCCUCUCCCCUUUUUCCACAACAACAAAGCAUAAAAACGCACAAAAUGGUAAAGUUCAUGCGGCAGCACAGCGAGCUGAAACCCGAAGAGGUCCUGUCGGAGUCUGACGCGUUCAUGGACCAGCAGGAUUUCGCAGAGAUGCCCGACUAUUCUUUCAGCGAGGUUUUAUACUCCAACUGUUCCGCAAUGGACCAGAUCGGCACUUUCAUGAAGAACGUGCAAGUUCUGCUCGAUGCAGCCGAUUAUAUUGAAAAUGUUGAGAAGAACAAUGGAAAAUGUGAACACGGUUAUGCUUCAACAUACCCCGCAUCGCAGCUUACACAUCAACAAAAACAGCGUAAAUUCAAGAACAGGAAGUUGGAUAACAUUCACAAUAGGUCAGCACACAAUGAACUGGAAAAGAACAGGCGAGCACACCUCCGCUUGUGUUUGGAGAGGUUGAAGUCCCUCAUCCCUCUGGGACCAGACUGCAGUCGGCACACAACACUGGGACUGCUCAACAAGGCCAAAGCACACAUCAAGAAACUUGAAGAGACGGACCGUCGGAGUCAGCACCAACUGGAGACACUGGAGAGGGAACAGAGGCACCUGCAGAGACAACUUGCUCUGCUGCAGACUCAUGGGGAGUGGGAGAGGGUUCGUACCGACAGCCUGGGCUCCCGCAUGGACUCUGAUCGCUCCGAGUCGGACAGAGAAAUAGAAAUUGAUGUGGAAAGCACUGAGUUCUCCCAUGGAGAAAUGGACAGCAUCAGCACCAGUGGUGCAAGCGACCUGGAUGACCACAGCAGCCUGCAGAGCUUAGCCAGCGAUGAGGGCUACUCCACAUGUAGUCUAAAGCUGGCCUUCUCUGCUUAAAGCACCAGCUGAUACUUCCACCCCCAUGCUCCAGUCCUUUCAAAGUACCGGCCUGAAGCUCCUCCCCAAAUGUCAAUCACUCAGACAAAUGGAAACCUUCCCCUAAAGAAGCAGCCUUAAGUUCAAUCUAAACUGGUGUUCCCUCCGAAAGCUGACGAGGCUUUACUACAUUUACCACCGUAAAACCUAUGGCAAUACACAGAUUAAUUCAAUCACCCUUUACCUGGCUCGCCUGCUUUCAGUAGAGGACCCACCACUGCACCGGUGUCAAACACUAAAGGGUCAACUCUACGUUUCAUCACCUUUGAAAAACCAGCAAAUCACACAAACCAAUACCAGCUAGAAGCUCCACAUUGGGAACGUUCGCUCCAUUUUUGCCUUUAUAAAAACAAAGCCCUUUUCCACUGGAUUGAAAUAAUCCAGACAGCACUUCUUGUUGAUGCACACGCCAGCAAGGGCUAUGAUGUCUGCAUUCCAAAACCUGCUCUCUCUGCUUUCAGACCCCCCAGCAUCACCUUCUUGAAUUCUAUUAUAACGGGUAGUGUAGUCCACUUUGGUCUAAUUUAUUUAGCCUAUUUAUUUUUGAUGAAUUAUAUUAUUGGUUGUGCUUAAGCAGGAUUUCCAACUUUACUUGAAAGUGUGUACCAAAAUUUUCCCCUGAUUUGAUCCCUGUUAAAGCAUGACGCAGUGCUGGGACUUUAAUCCAUUCCUCUGUGACGUUCAGUUGAAUGCUUUCACUGUGGGUGAACGUCAUAGAUUUAGACAGUAAGAAACCAUCUUUUUUUUGUUUGUUUUUUUUACCCCAAGCACAAAGCUCAAGCAAUAACGUGUCCAGUUUGAUCUUCUUUGUGACGUUGGCUGGGUUUUAGUCAGUUAUUCUGUCCGUCCAACUCCAACAGCUGCUGUGGUAGAGUAGUAGCAGCUCCUAAUAAUCAUUAAAAAGGACUUGAGUACAAUUACUAUGGUGCAUGUUUAUGAAUGUAUCCCUUCCAAUCAUGUUUUAAUGAGCUUUGGAUCGACAUAAUGUAGAUAGCAUGAACAACAAACUAUGGAAUACUGCUUUUGGGUAUACGUCAGUGUUUAAUAGUGGAUGUUUUUGUACUGUAGCAGACAGGAGUAUGGAUUCUUACAUUUCUUACAUAAGAUUCUGUGUCUCUUUUCCACAGAGUUGCACUGCUGACCUAAUCAAAUCCAUAAAACCAAAUUCAAGUAUGAUCGCUCCUUCUGAUCCAGGUACUAUGGAGAUCGCCACCAAAUUGUGUCUUAACACGGGGAUCGAUUCUUGCACAAAGUUUUCCUUUUUUUUGGAGAGGUCCUCCACACCCGACUACAUUUGGAUAAAUAGUACACACGCCGCGGAAAACUUUGCUAUGGAAUGAAGAGUCAAGACAGAACCUAGGUUUUCUUGUUCUGAAAAUGCUCCAUUCAAAGUGAUUUCUGUGUUUGAAAAUAUGCUGCUGAUCCUUGCUAAUACUUUGUCACGAUUCCUUAUACUUACUCUUGAAAUCUUAAUAAACCUCUACAAACAAA